AUGUGGCUAAAUUGUAUCACUUCACUUGUUUUCUCAAUUCUAGCGCAACCAAAUCUUACAGAUGUUGGAACAGGAAUUGCUACGCAUACAAUCUACAAAGAUGCUUACCUCAGUCCAAUCCACUUUUACCCUGACAGCUAUGUCAAAUCAUUUUCGAUUGACCCUGCUCUUCCUGAUGGUCUUUCUUUUAACGAGAAGCUCGGAGUGAUCAACGGGACGUACCAUGGAGAUGUGGGUCAAAGCACCGUCUAUACCGUUACUGCCACGGGUCCUGAUCGAGAAGUCCAAUCUGUUUUUACUCUCAAUUACAAAGGUAAGGACCCUCAACCCCAUUUACUCUAG